GUGCCACAAACAAAUACGGCAAGCGCGUUGCUUACUAUGCAUGAGAUUUCCUCUUUCGGUCCGCCAGUGGUUACAUGUUACGAUGCGCCGCUAAGCAUUCACUAAAUGCUAACCGCACCCUUCUUCGCGACUGUGGUGGAAGCAAGCGUACAUCGGAGCAGUGGCGAACCAGCAAAUCGUGGAAUGGCACUGUACAUGCUGGAACCCAGAGGUGCUGUUUGCUGCCACCAGGUCACGCCAAACGCUCUUCUCAACCUAGCGACAAGCGACAAGUGCAUCUCUAUAGAAUCAGUCUUGAGUGAAGGCUGCAUAGCGCCCGUAGUGCCCGUCUUUACCACCCAUCGUGCCUGACUGAAGUGAUGCCAUUUACACACACGCAUCUGCAUCUUGGUCCAAGAGCCAGCUGUCAUCUGACAUGCACUCACGAUGCCGUGCCUUAUGGUUCACACAAACGGCUUGUUACUUUCCACCCCAGCAAAAGUAGAGGACUCGUACCUACUUCGACACCCGUCGCUCUUCACUCUAUGCCUUGCGCAGCGAAUACACAACCAAAUCUUCACAAGCACCACUUCACGCACGCCAUCAUUCCCCCUUCAAGCCCUUCCAAGCCCUCUCUUCACACUCCCACCCUCAUGUCCUCUGCAGAACCUCGCUCAAAACUCCCUACUCCCGGAAAGACUAUCCUCAACAUCGUUACCAAGCACCAAGGAGCAGCACCGCCUACCACAACCAUGCCCACCCUCAAAGCAAACCCCAGCCCCACCACCCCCAUCCUCCUCCGCCACCGCUGGCGCUGCUGCCACCCCUCUUGCACCCACCUAAACACAUCCACCACCCCCGUCCACUUCGCGCCCUACUUCUCGCCCACUGAAAACGCCCCCAUCAGAGCCCCCGGCUACUACGGCCAGAAAUGCGCUUCCUGCGCCCACCCCGCGUGCGAGGUGUGCUGCUUUCUCGAGGUGAGCAGGGUGGAUGGGAAGAGUGCGGCGAGUGCGGCUGGGGAGCGGAGUCCGUGGGUGGAGAUUGGGUGCUGGGGUCGGAGAGAGGACUUUCCGGCCGGUGAGGUGGUGGGGUUGAGGAGCACAGAUGAGUUGCCGCCGGCGUCAAAGAGGGGACUGAGCGAGGCGUGGAGGAAGAAUGGGAGGCGGGAUGCGUGA